CUACAAUGGAAGAGGGUCCGAAUAGAAUUUAUUAGGGUUCAUUCAUUGUGCUAUUCCUUCACUCACUAUUUUCUUUUCCAUGUUAGUUUGAAAGUCCAUGGCAUGCUUAGACAUGUAUAAUUCCGAGCACAAUAAGGGUCACCACUAUGCUCCUAUGAGCCCAAGAAUCUCCUUCUCCAGUGACUUCGUCGAUGUCCAGCAGACCACAAAGCAAGAAAGAGGCUCAGCCUCAGCACCAGUGUCCUCAGACUUCGAAUUUUCAGUGUCAAACUAUUCCAUGAUGAGCGCUGACGAGCUUUUCUGCAAAGGCAGGUUCUUGCCUUUCAAGGACAAUAACAACAACCAAAUGCAGAGAACCACAACUUUGAGGGAUGAGCUUCUUCUUGGUGAUGAUGACGACGUGUCGUCUAGGCCACCGAAGGGUUCCACGAGGUGGAAAGGGCUUCUGGGUCUGAAGAGAUCGACCCACAUUGGUUCCAAGAAAGCUGAUAAGGGUGAAGGAUCUGUUGAAAAUAAAAGGUCUAGUUUGGUUCAUGAGGACGCCCAUGUUGGCCACACUUCACAGGAGCAGUUGAAUUAAGGAGGUCAAGUUACAGGAAAGUGGAGAUUGGGUUAUAGUGUUAUUGUUGAAGGUGAUAGAUACGUAAAGCUAAUGCGGCAAUUUUUUUGUAGUUUUGGGAAGGAAGAUAGGGGUGUUUUAGGGCAAAAUUUAGAGGUCCUGAUCUGCUUUAGUGGGCUUUCUUUGUGAUCUGGGAUUGACUGUUUUUACUUUUUCUUUUGAACUCUCUAGGAAGUAGGAGUAAGAGUGUCUAGAUGUUUACUGUACAAAAUGUUUGCGGUUGAAUUCCUGUGUCAUGGUUUGAUCAAUGAUAUGAUAUGUGAUCUGUCUUGUUAAUUUGUAAUUCUUCCUAAGCAAAGAGGAUCUUAUUUUGACUAGAAAUCAAUCGUGCAUGUUAUGUAUCUUA